AAACCCAUCGAGUUGUUGGUUAAUAAAUUGGGGGAUCAGAAUAAGGAUUUGGCAUCGACUGCUCUCUUUUAUAUUCAAUCAUUGGUUCGGAGAAUGCCUCAUUGUAAUCAAGCAUUUAUUAAACGUUUGCUUCAAGUUUGUCUUCAACAUCACAAUCCUGCCUUUGUGGCGGCAUCUUUGAUCAUGAUUUCUGAAAUAACAUCAAAGAUACACGUGAUUCUUUUCGAAACUACUGGCACUUCAGAGAAUGAGGACCGUUUCAAUCCCACAGAACGAAAUCCACGUUUUUGUGGCCUCGAUGCUUCUUUGGGCUUUCUCUGUGUUUGUAGAAAUGAGUUGGAACUACUUUCUUCGCACGUUCACCCCACAAUUUCAUAUUUUCGGAAAUCUAUUUCCUAUCAAGGACAUCCAUUACAAGAUUUUAGUUCAAUUAGAUUUCUUGAUCGUUUUGUUUUCAAAAAGCCUCAAGAGGAAGGUCGCGUUAUAAUGUCACAGAAGAAAAUUCGUCAUUGUGUAGGCAUCCGUGCCUUACCUGUGAACAGUGUUCAGUUUAUAAAUAGUCAUCAAUCAUCGAUUCCUUUGGAUGAACGAUAUUUACACCAGUGA